UUCAACUCAUUGUCUUCCUUGUGUUUGUUUUUUUUUAUUAGAAUACACUUCCCAAAAAUGAAGUUCCAACUCUUGCUCCCAUGUCUCAGCACGAUGAAUGGCAAAUUUAUCAAACACUUGAUCAUGCUCACAAAAAGCUAUCUAAUAUGGCAGCACGAUUCCGACGAAAACUGGCAGUACGAAGGUUAAAACGAAAUGUCAAUUUGAAGCUCUUUGAUAUUGAUCAGUAUGUCGGACAACAAUUACGAUCAAAAAUCAGUAUGCAACCCAUGACAAAACAAAAGCGAUCACUCAUUACACCAUCAGAGCAAUUGAGGAGUUCGGAAAUCAUAGCUGCUGCUGCUGCUGCUGAAGCAUCAAUACGACAACUAAAAUUAACGAAAUACGACCAUUCUUUUGCAUCAAGACUUUAUGGACGACAACGACACUCUCAUACAUUAACUAGUGAUGAAUGCUGGUUAUCUGCAUGGAACGGGCGAAAACUACGACCUUACAUUCGACGUGAUUAUGAAAACAAACCUGCACGUAUGCGACUUUUGGAACAAAUCAAGGAGAUCAAUGGCAAACCUAGCAAUCGCCAUUUGAUCAAUGCGAGAGAAGCACAACAAGACGAUGAUGAAUCAUCAAACAACAAUAAAACUAGCAUCGAUUACGUAUAUUUUCAACGGGAACAUCUGGAACAAGUCAAUCAGCUUCUGGCUCGAUGCUUUUGGGAUGGGGUGGAUGUAUCUGAAUCUUUACAGUUUCCUGAAUUCAGUGUGGUUGCUCUUUACAAGCGUUGUGUUAUUGGAUGUGCCUUUAUGACCCCGGAAGCAUAUAUUACUUAUUUUGCUGUUAUGGCUGGAUGGGAACGUGCUGGCAUUGGACAGUUCAUGCUCUAUCACUUGUUUCAGACGGCUCUUAGUAAAGAUGUGACACUUCAUGUUUCCGCGAACAAUAAUGCUAUGAUACUGUAUCAAAAAUUUGGUUUCAAACCCGAAGAAUUUAUUGUGAACUUUUAUGACAAGUACCUACCUGCCGAAAGUAGUUUUAGCAAAAACGCUUUUUUCCUUCGUCUACGAAGAUGAUUUGGAUCCUAUAC